AGCGCUGCGGAAGCAACCCACGGACAUUUCUCAAACGCUCGAAACCCCGAAAUCGAAGCAAAAACGAGAGAGAGAGAAUGUGGGAAUCCAUCUGCCUAACGCUCGCAGCGACGGCCGGGAAUAACAUCGGCAAAGUUCUUCAGAAGAAAGGAACAAUCAUCCUCCCUCCUCUCUCUUUCAAGCUCAAGGUGAUAAGAGCAUAUAUUUUCAACAAGGCAUGGAUUAUAGGGUUCCUUAUGGAUAUAUUUGGAGCACUUUUGAUGUUGAGAGCUUUGUCUCAAGCUCCGGUAUCUGUUAUACAGCCAGUUUCUGGAUGUGGACUCGCUAUACUUUCAGUCUUUUCCCACUUUUAUCUAAAGGAGGUGAUGAAUGCGCUUGAUUGGGUGGGAAUCGUCAUGGCUGGUGUUGGCACGAUAGGAGUUGGCAUUGGAGGGGAGGAGCAACAAGCGUCUGCAAUAUCACUUUUCAAUAUACCUUGGCUGGUUUUCAUUGUUACCAUCUUGUUUGUCCUCCUUAAUGCAUGGCUUCGCAUAUGCAAACGCCAAAGGCGAGAACAGGAAUUGGUAGACUCUGAAGUCAUUGAAGAAAUUAUAUAUGGUUUGGAAUCAGGCAUUUUGUUUGGGAUGGCAUCUGUAAUAUCGAAGAUGGGAUUUGUGUUCUCCGAGCAAGGCUAUUCAAAUAUUGUUGUUCCUGUAUGCCUUUCGAUCAGCAUAUGCUGUAGUGGCACCGGAUUUGUUUACCAGACGCGGGGCUUAAAGCAUGGGAGGGCAAUUGUUGUGUCUACAUGUGCAGCUGUGGCGUCAAUAGUGACCGGUGUAGUUGCUGGCAUCCUUGCUCUAGGUGAACGCUUGCCUUCAGCUCCCCUUGAUCGCCUUUCACUCUUGCUUGGAUGGCUGCUUAUCAUCAUUGGGGUGAUUCUACUUGUUAGUUCAUCGCGCCUGGUGGCGGUCCUUCCACAGCCACUGCGACAUUUUCUACACAAGGGCAAUGAGAGGAAUUUCAGUAUCAAGCGCACCGGUUCGAUCCGCUCUCGGGAUUCAGGUCCAAGCACAGUUGUCCAAGCGACCGCAUUGCAUCAUUUGAUAACAUCUCCAGUGAAAGAGAAGGCCUAAGCAAGGAUGAUAA